AUCAUAUUCUAAUGUCCACCAACCUAAGCAACGCCAAUGUAUAAAUUUUUGUAGGUGAUGCAUGCCCUAUAACUUAUCAUAACCUAAUUUCAAAAUUUUUGCCUAAGGUUUUCACACAACUACCACACACAAAGUAGGACCAUAUAAGAGUAUCUCUCAUCAUGGCUAUUGAUGAGAAAAUCUCUCAUCAGAAUAUCUAUGAAAACUCAUUAAAAGGUGGCACAACUAAAUCAUCCAUUUUCAUCUAUGCCCUAAUAUUUGUUGCAUUGUUCUUCAUCAUUGUUCAAAACAACAAAUCUAGUUCUUCAGCACUCACAUCAUUUGGUUCUUCAACCCUUCUAACUGCUGUUGAGCAAAAUCAAUCUCCUAAAGAAUUAGGUGAUGAUGAACUUUCUUACAUGCAGGAAAAUAAUACUACUACACAAGAAGGGAUAAAUAAUAAUAAUAAUAUUGAUGAAGAGAAUGAAGAUCCCUUAGUUCCACCACCGGAUAUGAAAAAGGCAGAAAGAAUGGCAUGGUUCAAGACACAGAUACCAAAACUUGAGAUACUUAAAUCAACCAACUUAUCAGAAUCUUUCUUUAAUUAUAGGGUCCUCAGAUUCCUUGAUCAAGGAUGCUCAACUUUCUUCUUUGCCAUAUGGCUGUCGCCGGCGAAGAACUUUGGCGAGAGGGAGUUCAUGACAAUGGACACACUUCUCAAGGUCCACCCUCAAGCAUGCCUCAUGAUCUUAUCAAGAUCCAUGGACUCCGAACUUGGAAGCCGGAUUCUCAAACCACUUAUUGAUCUUGGCCUCAAAGUUGAGGCAAUUACUCCCGAUUUGCCAUUCUUGGUAAAGAACACACCGGCCAAAUCAUGGCUAGAAGCGAUCAAGAAUGGUAACAAGGACCCCGGAAACAUCCCACUGUCUCAGAACCUCUCCAAUUUGAUGAGGCUAGCAAUGUUAUAUAAGUAUGGUGGUGCUUAUGUGGACACAGAUUUGAUCUUUGUGAAGGAUAUGUCCCUAUUGAGGAAUGCAAUAGGAGCACAAGCUGUGGACCAAGAAACCAAGAAAUGGUUAAGAUUGAACAAUGCUGUUUUGAUAUUUGACAUGAACCACCCUAUUGUGCUUGAAUUCCUAAGGGAAUUUGCAACAACUUUUGAUGGUAAUAAAUGGGGGUAUAAUGGUCCUUACAUGGUUUCAAGAGUUAUUGAAAGAAUUGAAGCAACACAAGGAUACAACAAUAGUAGUAGUAAUUAUUACAACCUUACAAUUUUGCCACCUAAGGCAUUCUACCCUGUGGAUUGGAACAAGAUUGUUGAUUUUUACAAGAGGCCUGAGAAUGGGAGUGAAUUGGUUUGGGUUGAAAAUAAGGUUGAAGAAUUGCUCUAUGGUGGGAGAACAUAUGCACUUCACUUGUGGAACAAGAGGACAAGAGAGCUUGACAUUGAAGAGGGAAGUGUCAUGGCAAGAUUGUUCAGUCAUCUUUGCCUUGUUUGCAACAAUGUGAUUAGGACUUGAAACAAAUUACCCAUAAUAAGUUCGUUCUCAUCACAGCAAAGAAAAUUUAGGGAUUCCUAUACUUGUCUCUAAUGUAUGACAUUUCUUAGUUAAAAUACAGCGUGUUAGAGUAUCGAUCCUAGAUAUAAUAUACAAAAAUUUAAGUUGUAUUAAUGUUGCUAGUCACUUUUAGUUUGACUUGUAAU